AUCCAGGCCCGGACACCGAGCCGCCACCAUGCCGGACAAAUGGGACAAAGACGUGUACCCCGAACCCCCACGCCGCACGCCGGCGCCCGCGCCGCAGACCUCGUUGCCGAACCCCCUCACCUACUUGUCGAAGGCUUACGACGUCCUCGUGGACCGGCCAGUGACCCUCGUGCGAGACUUCAUUGAGCGGCAGCAUGAGAAGAAUAGGUACUACUACUACCACCGGCAGUUCCGCCGGGUGCCCGACAUCACCGAGUGUGCAGAGAAGGACGUCGUGUGCAUGUAUGAGGCCGAGAUGCAGUGGAGGCGAGACUACAAAGUGGACCAGGAAAUUGUCAACAUCAUCCAGGAGCGGAUGAAGGCAUGCCAGCAGAGAGAGGGGGAGAGCUACCGGCAGAACUGUGCCAAGGAGCUGGAGCAGUUCGCCCAGGUGGCCAAGGCCUACCAGGACCGCUAUCACGACCUAGGGGCCCACUUUUCAGCCAGGAAGUGCCUAGCAAAGCAGAAGCAACGGAUGAUGGCAGAGAGAAAGGCAGCCAAAGAGGCUGAUGCUGCAUGAACAGCCCCCGGAAUACCCACAUACAUGUUUGCCACCCAAGAGAUCCAUAAUAAAACU